GCCCUGCAGGGAGGGGUCAGGCAGCACAGCUGGGACAGAGGGACCAAGAGCCACCAGAGCCCAGCUCCUGCCUGGGCCAGGACCUGCCUCCUGCCUUCACCCAGCCCCGGGUCCUCCGCUCAGUCUGCAGCUACUGUGUGCUGGUGAGGCUCUGGGCACCCGAACAGGGCCAAGGCCCCCAGUCCACAGAGCUGACCCUCUGGUGGGGGACAAUACAACAGAACAGAGGUGGCCCAGUGGGCUGAGUGAUAAUGAGUGUCAUGGAGACACCCCAGAGAAAGGGCGGAGGGGACCAGGAGCAGGUGCUGGUUUAUACAGGGAGUGGCAGGGAAGGUGUCUCUGAGAGGGGGGCAUUAGAGCAGAUACACAGAGGAGAGGGAAAGAAAGAGCCCCUGGACAUUGGGGGUGGCCACCUGUGUAGCACAUGCAAAGGUCCUGAGGCAGGAGGACUUGGUGUAAUUGAGGAGCUACAAAGAGACCAGUGUGGCUGGAGGGAGUGGGAGAGAGAGAUGUGGAAGGUGAGGCCUGGGAGGUGGGACCCAGUGGGUUGGGCCUAGUCAGCCCCGGAGGACUUUGGCCUCACUCUGGGUACAGCGGGCAUCACAGGCUCUGUGUGAACCCGGGAGGCCCACAGGCUCAGACCCUCCCCAUCCUGCAGCAGCCACCACCGUGGAGGCCCCAGAAACACGCACCUGGCAAGGCCCCACCCCUCGACCGCACCCCUGCCCAGGACAGCUGUCCAGCGGGCUGCCCCAGAACCCUUUUCUGGGCAGGACAUCCCCAGCUGUCGCCUCCCCCAGCCUGUUGGACUCCCUGGGGAGCGAGUCUCCUGCCACCCGAGACCUGACCUGACCAACCGGGCUAUCUGGUCCCUUUGCCACUUCAGCUCCGACUCCAGGAGCCCAGGAAACCCAACCUGACCCCUCCCCGGCCGUCCCCCCCAGCAGGCAGUGUCCCCAGAGCUGCGUCCUGCCACGCACCCAGCGGCUCUUGGAGGUGCGUCACUCCCAGCUACCCCUAGAGAAGGCUCAGGAGGGACACGUUCUUGCCCGAAGACACAGCCAGGGCCCAAGCCGGCUCCAGGUGGCCCACUCUCCAGAGUCACGGAGCUCAGCAGACCCAGGCUGCCUGGGUCCCGGCAGCGUAACCAGCUAUGGACACAGUGUGGCUGAAGGCUCGCUGCAGCCCGGCAGCCACGGGGGGCACGAGGGGACACGGCCUUGUCCUCUGAGGCCGUCCCCUCCUCCUGGGCCCAGCGCUGGCCCUGGCCUUGCUGCAGGCUUGCUGAGUGACCCCGAGUGGACGAUUCCUGCCUCUGGUCCUGACCACCGGCACCCUGUGUCCCAUCACCUCUGCUCUGACGCAGGGAGCUGGUCCUGCAGUCCUCUGGCCAUGGCCUCCGGUAGCUGGCAGUGACUCCACUGGCCGUGUCUCACCUGGGGGUGGGGAUAGGGCACACCAGCUGGCAGAGAUCAGGACAACGUCUCGCCCACUGAGCCCCUUCCCAGCCCUGUUUUGUAUUUUACUUAGAGACAGCGUCUCACUGAGCUGCUUAGCACCUUGCCGUUGCUGAGGCUGGCUUUGAACUUGAGAUCUUCCUGUCUCAGCCUCCCGAGCUACUGGAAUGACAGGCGUGGCCACCAGACCCAGCUCUAUCGAUUUUUGUCUCCUCCCUCCUGCCCUAGAAACCUGACCGUGGUCCCUGUCCCUGGGCUGUGGGAACAGAGAUUUGCCAGGGAGGGGGCUGUGCCCUGCGCUGUACAGAUGGAUGUCCACCCUGCAGACAGCUGUAUGCGGCCUGUUAGGCCCAAGUCGGAUCCUGCCCCCUCUGCUCAGCGGCGUCUCCUGUCACCUGGCCAUCACCUCCGCCAGUCCAACUUUGAGGCAGAGGUGUCUGAGAUCGCCAUCAGCCAGAGCGAGGUCGACCUGGCCCUCAGGAACCUGCAGACCUGGAUGAAGGACGAGAAGGUGUCCAAGAACCUGGCCACACAGCUGGACUCGGCCUUCAUCCGCAAGGAGCCCUUCGGCCUGGUGCUCAUCGUCGCGCCCUGGAACUACCCGCUGAACCUGACGCUGGUGCCCCUGGUGGGGGCCAUCGCGGCAGGGAACUGUGUGGUGCUGAAGCCCUCCGAGAUCAGCAAGAGCGUUGAGAAGGUGCUGGCCGAGGUGCUGCCCCGCUACCUGGACCAGAGCUGCUUGGCUGUGGCCCUGGGCGGGCCCGCGGAGACCGCGCGGCUGCUGGAGCACAGGUUCGACUACAUCUUCUUCACAGGGAGCCCCCGUGUGGGCAAGACCGUCAUGGCCGCCGCUGCCAAGCACCUGACCCCCGUCACCCUGGAGCUGGGGGGCAAGAACCCGUGCUACGUGGACGACGACUGUGACCCCCAGACCGUGGCCAACCGCGUCACCUGGUUCCGGUACUUCAACGCCGGCCAGACCUGCGUGGCCCCGGAUUACGUCCUGUGCAGCCCCGAGACGCGCGAGCGCCUGCUGCCGGCCCUGCAGAGCGCCAUCACCCGUUUCUAUGGCGACGACCCCCAGAGCUCCCCCAACCUGGGCCGCAUCAUCAGCCAGAAGCAUUUCAAGCGGCUCCAGGGACUGCUGGGCUGUGGCCGGGUGGCCAUCGGUGGCCAGAGUGACGAGGGCGAGCUCUACAUCGCGCCCACUGUGCUGGUGGACGUGCAGGAGACGGAGCCCGUGAUGCAGGAGGAGAUCUUUGGGCCCAUCCUGCCCCUGGUGACCGUGAGGAGCCUGGAUGAAGCCAUCGACUUCAUCAACCGGCGGGAGAAGCCCCUGGCCCUGUACGCCUUCUCCAACAGCUCCCAGGUGGUCCAGCGGGUGCUGGCCCAGACCAGCAGCGGGGGCUUCUGCGGGAAUGACGGCUUCAUGCACAUGACCCUGGCCAGCCUGCCUUUCGGAGGAGUGGCUUCCUGCCUGCUGCUUCAGCCACUGAGCUUGGCCCUAACAGGCCACCGGCCCCCAGGGUUCUGUCACCCCACACCAGUGCUCCUCCUGCCCACCUUCCCUCUUCACCUGGUGCCAGCGGGAUGGGCAGGUACCAUGGCAAGUUCUCCUUUGACACCUUCUCCCACCAUCGUGCCUGCCUGCUCCGAAGCCCGGGUAUGGAGAAGAUCAACGACCUCCGCUACCCUCCCUACUCACCACGCAAUCUGAGGGUGCUAUUGGUGGCCAUGGAGGAGCGCAGAUGCAGCUGUACACUGCUCUGAGCCCGCAGGUGCUGGGGCACCAGCCUCCCUCCCCUCAUGAAGCAGCCAGAGAUGUGGGCUAGGGCCCAAGGAGACGCCCAGGUGACAGAGCAGCUUGCUCAGCCUCACCCUCCGGGGGGAUUUCCUUUUCUGACCCUUAGCUGCCCCAUAAUGAGGACAGGCUGAGGACGGGAGCACAGGAACAGUGCAGAGACCUGCCCCUACCCCCCAUGUCAUCCAUCAUGUCCCGGAAGAAGAGAGCCAAUGUGGCACCUCUGAGCCACUUGCCUUCCUGCAGAGGGUGCAGCAGAGGAGCCCUGGCAUGGGGUCCAGGCCACAGCACGGAAGCUGUGUGAGCAGGUCAUCACUGUCUUCUGUGAGCCUCAGUGUCCCCACCUGCAGUGCUGGUGGAGAUGAUUAAUUGACACCUUUGAAGAUUGUUACAAAGAUUAAAUCCCGAGUUGCUGACCAUGA